AUGAGCGCGCAUGUUUAGCCAAAAAUGUCGCGGAAUCAAGAUCUUUGCCUGGCGGCGAUCGCCCUCCUGGCCAUCGCGGGCGUUGCCCAGGCCGCUCCUCAAAUGGGCCGAGUGGUCAAUGGCACGGACUCCAGCGUGGAGAAGUAUCCCUUUGUGAUUUCCAUGCGUGGCUCCACUGGUUCCCAUUCCUGCGGUGGAUCCAUUAUUUCCAAGCAGUUUGUGAUGACUGCUGCCCAUUGUACCGAUGGUCGCAAAGCUACGGACCUCUCCGUGCAAUAUGGAGUGACCAAGAUCAAUGCCACCGGUCCGAAUGUUGUGCGCGUAAAGAAAAUCAUCCAGCACGAGGACUACAAUCCCUACAAUAACUAUGCCAACGACAUCUCUCUGCUGAUGGUGGAGGAGCCUUUCGAGUUCGAUGGCGUUACUGUUGCUCCUGUUAAGUUGCCCGAACUUUCCUUUGCCACGCCCCAAACGGAUGCAGGAGGCGAGGGAGUGCUCGUCGGCUGGGGACUCAAUGAGACUGGCGGCUACAUCCAGACCACUUUGCAGGAGGUGGGACUGAAGGUCUACUCCGAUGAGGAGUGUGUUGAACGACACGGCGGACGCACGGAUCCCAGGUACCACAUCUGCGGAGGCGUCGACGAGGGCGGCAAGGGCCAGUGCAGCGGAGACUCCGGUGGUCCGCUCAUCUACAGUGGCCAGCAGGUGGGCAUCGUGUCCUGGAGCAUCAAGCCCUGCACGGUGGCUCCCUAUCCCGGUGUCUACUGCAAGGUCAGCCAGUAUGUUGACUGGAUCAAGAAGAACCAAAUCAUAUUGGCUUAGACACUUUGCUAUCUUUGUCAAUAAAUCACACUGAUAUAUAAAGAUUAAA